AUGCCAUCAACUGACUUAUUAUUCGACGAAGGCGGCAGAGGUCAACGAAAUAUUGCUGCACAAACAAAUCAAUCUUUAGAAAAUUUUACUCCAGAUGAACAAUUUAAACACCUAACAAAGGGUGGUGAUCCUUUUCCAAGAGAACAACUAAUGAAUGAAGAAACUCCUCAGCUCUCGGCCAUUAUUUUUUCCGGAAUUCCAUUUAACUAA